AUGAAGUCUACCACAAAGGAGAUUUGGAAUGCCUUGGUGAUUACUUAUAAGGGCACUACUCAAGUAAAGGAAAAUAAGAUGGAUUCUCUAAACUAUCAAUAUGAGUUGUUCAAGAUGAAAUCAAAUGAGACUAUAAGUCCAAUGUAUGAUAGAUUUAUGGAGAUCAUUGGAGGAAUCAAAUCCCUUGGGAAGACAUUCAUAAAUGAGAAGCUAGUAAAAAAGAUUCUAACAAGUUGUCCUACGGAGUGGUUACCUAAAAUAACCUCAUUCAAGGGCUCCAAAGACUUAAGUAAGGUACAACUAGAUGAACUUUUAGGAAAUCUCAUUGACUAUGAGAUGACUCUUAAAAGAAAGCAAGUAGAGGAACCAAACAAGGCCAAGAAAAACAUUGCUUUUAAGGUGUCUUCCAAAAAUUCAAGCGAUGAAGAUCAAGAGUUUGAUGAGGAAGAGUUAGCUUUAGUAACAAGGAGAAUAAGGAAGAUGCUCUUCCAAAACAAGAAGUUCAUCCCAAAGAGAAACUUCAAGAAGGAUAAGGGUAAGAGCAGUAAAAGGGAUCCUCCAAUAUGCUAUGAAUGUAAUAAGCCAGGUCACAUUAUAAUUGAUUGUCCCAAGUUGAAGAAGCCCUCUAAGAAGGUUAAGAAGAAGGCACUAAAAGCGAUAUGGGAUGAAUCAAGUGACUCUAAAGAUGAGAACAUUGGUGAUGAAGUUGCCAAAAUGUGCUUCAUGGCAAUGGAGGAAAGCUCCAAUGAGGUAACUUUAAGUGAUGAUGUUGUUGAAUUUUCUUAUGAUGAACUCAUUAAUGCUCUUAAAGUUAUGAAUGAUGAACUUGAGUUGAGUUAUAAGAAAAACAAACUUUUGAAAAAGAAACUAAUUAGUUUAAAGAAGGAGAAUAAGACCUCAUCUAAGGAUGCUAGACCUUUAGAUAAUGAUAUGCAAAAAUCCUUAAAUGAGAUCUCUUUAAAAAAUGAGAAGUUGAAAAAAGAAAUUGUUGAGUUAAAAACUUUUCUUUCCAAAUUUGCUAAAGGAAAGGACAAACUUGAUACAAUUUUGGACUCUCAAAGAUCUCCUAACAUCAAGUAUGGACUUAGCUAUAGCAAAUUUGCCCAAGCAUCUCCUUCUAAGACCAUAUUUAUUAAAGCAACUAGUUUUAGUGAGCCUAGUCCCUAA